ACGCGCCGCGCACGGGUUCUCCCCCCCCAGGUCACUCCGCAGUAGAGCUUCGUUUGACCGCGUCGAUCCUGCAAAUGCUCUUGAGCUCCGGGAUUAGAAGCGAGGUCCGGGGAUUUAACUCCCGGAUUUAGGCCCGGACGUAGAGGGAAGACGGGUUAGUCCGAGUGCCGCCUGGCUGCCCUGGGGGACGCGGCGGGUCGCGGUGCUUUCGUGAGGACGUGCGGGGCAGGCAGGCAGGCAGCAGCGCGGAAGCUGUCUGGGAAAGGAGAAGAGAGCAGGGAAGGCCGGCGGCUGGGGCUGCCUCAGAGAUUGCCAACAGGUGCGAGCUGAGCGCCGGUACAAGGCACGGAGCUCGGGUUGAACGGGUCAGCGAGCGGCGGGGGGGGGUUCUCUGGAGUUUCGUCGGGGGACAAAGAGGGGAUUCACCCUGGCUGCGAUAGCGGCGCACCUCGGCUCUCUCAGCUGGUGGCGGCGCCAUGCGCGGGGGUGCGCGCAGCUCGGGGGCCCUGCUGUCCUCCGCCCUGUUCCCCCAGCUGCUGCUCGGCGUGCGGCGCCGAUGGGGGUCUCCUAGGAGCCUGGCCUCCGCGGGGGAGUCGCACCCCACCCCCCUGCCCUCCCAGGCCCGCGUGGUCAUUUGCGGAGGGGGCAUCGUGGGCAUGUCGGUGGCCUAUCACCUGGCCAAGCUGGGCUGGAAGGACGUGGUGCUGCUGGAGCAGGGCAGGCUGGGCGCGGGGACCACACGGCUGUGUGCGGGCAUCGUCAGCACCGUCAAGCACAUGUUCGUCGAGAGCCGGAUGGCAGACUAUUCCAACAGGCUCUACCAGCAGCUGGAGGCGGAGACUGGGGUGAAGACUGGGUACGUGAGGACAGGGUCUCUCUGCCUGGCCCAGAAUCAGGACCGCCUCAUCUCGCUGAAACGCCUGGCCUCCCGCCUCAAGGUGAUAGGGAUCCAGUGUGAUGUCAUCACCCCCAAACAGGUGUCGGCGCUCCACCCCUUGGUAAAUAUUCAUGACCUGGUGGGGGCUGUCCAUGUGCCCGGGGACGCUGUAGUCUCGCCGCCUGAUGUGAACCAUGCCCUGGCGGUGGCUUCUGCCCAGCAUGGCGUGCAGAUCCACGAGCGCACCAGUGUGAACCACGUGCUGGUCCGGAAGGGCCACGUGCACGGCGUGGAGACGGACCGCGGGCCCAUCGAGUGCGAUUACUUCGUGAACUGCGCAGGGCAGUGGGCGUACGAGCUGGGCCAGGCCAGCGAGGAGAGCGUGUCGGUGCCCCUGCACGCCUGCGAGCACUUCUACCUCCUGACCAAGCCCCUGCCCCGGCCCCUGGCCCCGCACACUCCAGUGGUCAUGGACCUGGACGGGCGGAUCUACGUGCGGGCCUGGCAGGGGGGGGUGUUGUCGGGGGGCUUCGAGAAAAACCCCAAGCCCAUCUUCACCGAGGGCAGGAACCAGCUGGAGAUCCAGGGCCUGCAGGAGGACUGGGAUCACUUUGAGCCCAUGCUGAGCGCCCUCCUGCGCCGCAUGCCCAGCCUGGAUUCUUGUGAAAUCCACCAGCUGGUCAACUGCCCAGAAUCCUUCACCCCGGACAUGCGCUGCCUCAUGGGGGAGACGCCCACUGUGAGCGGGUACUUCGUGCUGGGAGGCAUGAACUCGUCGGGGCUGUCGCUGGCCGGAGGAGCCGGGAAGUACCUGGCGGAGUGGAUGACGUACGGGUAUCCCUCGGACAACGUGUGGCCCCUGGACAUCAAGCGCUUCGGAAACCUGCAGAGCAGUCGCACCUUCCUGCGGCACCGCGUCAUGGAGGUGAUGCCCCUGAUCUAUGAGCUGAAGGUGCCACGCUGGGACUUCCAGACCGGGCGACAGCUUCGCACCUCUCCUCUGUACGACCGGCUCGACGCGCAGGGAGCCCGCUGGAUGGAGAAGCACGGGUUCGAGAGGGCCAAGUACUUUGUCCCAUCUGGGAAAGACCUCCUGGCCCUGGAUCAGAGCAAGACCUUUUACAAGCCCGACUGGUUUGACAUCGUGGGCGCGGAGGUGAAGUGCUGUAAGGGGGCUGUGUGCGUCAUCGACAUGUCCUCCUUCACCAAGUUCGAGCUCAGCUCUACUGGGGACCAGGCCCUGGAGCUGCUCCAGCACCUCUGCGCCAAUGACCUGGACGUGCCCGUCGGGCACAUUGUCCACACGGGCAUGCUGAACGAGCGGGGUUGCUACGAGAACGACUGCAGCGUGGUGCGGCUCAGCAAGAACAGCUUCUUCAUCAUCUCUCCCACUGACCAGCAGGUGCACUGCUGGGCCUGGAUCAGGAAGCACAUGCGCAGUGACCCCCAGCUGCACCUGGAGGACGUGACCUGGAAGUACACAGCCCUGAACCUGAUUGGACCGCGUGCAAUGGACGUUCUCUCGGAGCUGUCCUACGUCCCCAUGACUCCUGACCACUUCCCCUCGCUCUUCUGUAAGGAAAUGAGUGUGGGCUACGCCAAUGGCAUCCGCGUGAUGAGCAUGACGCACACGGGGGAGCCUGGAUUCAUGCUCUACAUCCCCAUUGAGUACGCGCUGCACGUGUACAACGAGGUGAUGUCCGUAGGGCAGAAGUAUGGGAUCCGGAACUCGGGGUACUACGCCCUGCGCAGCCUGCGCAUCGAGAAGUUCUUUGCCUUCUGGGGUCAGGACCUGGACACCUUCACCACCCCUCUGGAGUGUGGCCGCGAGUUCAGGGUCAAAUUCGACAAGGGCACCGAUUUCCUGGGCCGCGAGGCCCUGAUGAAGCAGCGGCAGGAGGGCGUGGCGCGGCGCUUCAUCAUGCUGGUGCUGGAGGACCACGACGCCGAGCUGGACCUGUGGCCCUGGUGGGGGGAGCCCAUCUACCGCAGCGGGCAGCUGGUGGGCGUGACCAGCAGCAGCGCCUACAGCUACACCCUGGAGCGCCACGUCUGCCUGGGCUUCGUCUCGCCGCGGCCCCCCGCCGUCGUCACGCCCGACUUCAUCAACCGCGGCGACUACGAGGUCGACAUCGGCGGGCAGCGGUACCCCGCCAAGGCCAAGCUGUACCCCUUCAGCUCCCUGUUUGCCCAGCAGCGCCGCCGCAAGGACGACAUGGAGCUCAGCAGCUUCCAGGGCAAGUAAGAGCAGGCGGGGCAGCGGCUGAGCCCUCAUCCCCAUCGCUCCUCCAGGCUCCCGUCUCUCUCGCGCUGGAGCUGCUCGCACCCGCUCUCCCCCUCACCUUCUCGUACUGCACAAAGUGCAGCCUCUGCAACACCAAACCUCUGCUGCGUGUCGGCUGUUAACGACCCUGACGGUUCAGGGUUCGUAACCAGCCCGAGAGAAGAACGUGUCGUUUCAAACCAGAGAAGCCAUCCUUCCCCCUGAAUGUUCGAACUCCUCGGUCAAGUCUGUCCAACAAUCUCUCGUAACGCUUGUGACAAUCUAAGACCAGUCGGCUGGUGGCGUUGAUGACGCCUGAACUGUCCGUCCCCAGGCGGAAUAAGGUUUUUACCAGAUAAAGGCGUGGCGUCAGGUCAAAGUGCAUUGACUUGAAUGCCUGUGUUGUGACAAGAAAUGUCCUGUUUUUAAACUGGUUUGUGCAGAGGAGUUGCAUUCUGCAUUGUCACUUGUUUUAACACAAGGACUGCAAUGCCUGAGUUCUUGGUGACUCUCCUGCGUGGCACCUGUCAGCUUGUCUAAGCUGGGGGAGUUUUUAACGUCGCUUUUUGUAAAAUCUGAAGUUUAUCUUCUACAUCUCCCCGGUGGUUUGCUGGUGGAACAUAAAAAUGUUGGGCAUUGAUAAACCACCAUUAACCCCGGAGACCGUCUGGGCCAGAGCUCUGGCUACGUCUGGUUGACCGGUCCCAAACCUGGGUGUUGAAGAGCAGGCCUGAGAAAUUGAUUUGGGUUGUAAUCAGUUCAUUGAUGUUUGUAUCGGCUCGCUUUCCACAACUGUUGCCAAUAUCCCAGAAAAGUCUCCGACAUGCCCUGUAUUCCUUGAGCGCAGGGUCUGAUGGUCGGGGAUGUUGCUGAAAUAGACCUGUGUAGAUCUGGGCUUCACUUGCUCCAGUGUAGAUGCAGCCUUCCUGAGUUUCAAGGCGGUCUCCAUCUUCAGAGGAAGGGAGUCUAGUGAAUAAGAAGCCAAAGCAAUCUCUGUGAACAAUGUGCAAGCUGUUCCACUGAUUCUGCAGAAUGUUAUAAUGCUGUAAUGAGGUCAGAAGCACUGGGCAGCUCUCCAGAUCUGAAGGAAUCCUACUCUGAGCUCUGAACAUUUACUUUGUUCACCAAUGACAAGGGGGGCAUCAUUUCAUCCCCUCGCUUGUUUUUAAUGGCCACUCCAAGUGAGGCUUGUUGCUUCUACCUUCGGAGCUUGGAAGAAUCUGCUAGUGACGCUGUGAGUAAGGGCCCUGUGUCUAGGUCUGUGGAUCCUUCAGAUCAACUUCUACUUCUGUCGCAGCACUGCCAGGAACUCCAGCAGCUGUAUAAAUUGGCUUUAAUCACCUGAUAGAAGCUCAGGUUGAAGAUCUUAACUUGACGUCAUUAUUCUAUCACAGCAUCCUUGUCUGUAAAGACCUGGUCGAUAUGAAGUGACUCCAUGGUGUAAUCUUCCUCAAAGUUAAAAACAUGAAGUUUGUUAAUGGCCCAGCAGAGAGCCAUCGCCCGUCUCGCAGUGAAGAGCCGUCGGCUUACACUCCAGGAGAGGCACAGAGAAGCUGCGAAGGGGUCAGAGACCUUAUCACACUUCACUCUUCAACUCUUCAUCACCCCCCCCACCCCACCUUGAUUCACAGGAGCUGCAGCACCACCUCUGACUCUCUCUCUGCCCCGUCUCGAGUCGCACGAGUCCUGCUCUGUGGCUGAGGCACCGUUUAGUAAGUCAAAGUAGUGAUGGUUCUCAUUUAUGUAUACAUGCAAGCUAAUUAAGAUGCUGUUUUUUUUCUAGACAAAGCUUAUGAAAUGCCAAAAGAGCAUCCUGUUUUCUGUGUUUAUAGAUUUGGUAACGUUUUAUUCCCCUGUGUCUAUGGGGUGGUGUGCUUGAUGUACAGAAAUGGUGAUUUAAACAGAGUGUGGAACCAUGAUUCUCAGUCCUGGUUCUGGGGAACCACUGUUAUCUCUACUUUUGGGUCCAGCCUGACAGUUUUCCCGAGUUCUUAAUACCAGGCUGAUUAAUUUCCAUUUUCUGCUUUAGCCCUGUUUUUAAAUUUGCUUUCAGCUCUUCAGAUGCUGAAGAGGAUGUGUUAUUGCUAGCUAAUGGGUGAGUUUCAGAUCUCACUAGUUAGAAGUCUCAUUAGAUUCAGACCUGCUCUGCUCUGUUAGCUGAAAUGUGACAGCUUGGGCUUAAGCAGGUGGAGAAAACGAAUGUUUGUUGUGGCCAUCUGAUCCAUUGUCAGCCCCACCCGUGUCUCUUCAUCAUAAACGAAUCUUCCAUUGAUAACUUUUUCCGUCAGAAAUUCCAAAAAACUCUUGAUUAGUAUGUUGAGGAGUGGUUCUGUAAAGGUCUGUGUACUGAUGUUGCUGGCAAUGUACCUUAGCUAGGGUAUUUUAGAAGCCAAGGACAGAAUGCAGACAACAUCUAAACAAGCAAGCAGAUAAUUAAAGUCACCAAUUAGCUGUGGUGAUUCAGGGCCCAGCUGGUAUAAAAACCAACAGAAACGGGGGUCCCAGGACCAAUAUUGAGAACCGGUGGUGUUGGACAGUGAAAUUCACAGGCACAGAUCUGUUAGGGAUAUAAAGGCAUCAAAUACUCCUUAUCCUCUCCUUUCAUUGCCAAAGUUGCUUUCAUCUUCUGUCCAUUUGUGGUGUGUUUGCAUGUCUCUGGUGAUCUGUUAAACAGCUGUAUCUUCCUAUCAGGUUAAUAAUGAGGCUUCCUCUCCACUUUAGUUUUGUGGGACAUUGAGUCAUUAAAAAAAUCAAAAGACAUAGUGAUAUACUUUGCAUGACCAGAACAGAAUGUAACACAAAUAAAGGCUACUUUGUUUUUGAAGCUUGGUUCUAUGUCCUCUUGGACACUGACAGAUCCUAGGUCCUGUUGUAGGUUGUUGUCAGUUGAAGUGAAACCUGUCUGUUCUGAGUCUGUGCCCCGCAGUCUGUGUGUGUCCAGCUCUAGGAAGAUGUACUGUCCUUGAUCUAAGAAAAGCGCCCAGGUACUUGCGGGGAGGGGUGAGGGCGAUUCUACAGGGGACCUGUGCUUUUAGUUAGUGCAUUAUUGUUGGUUUCGCAGCCCCUAAGCAUGUUUUUUAAGUUUUGGCUAAAUAAUGAAUAGCUUACAAGAUAUUUAGUGUAGCAGGACAUUUUUUUUUAAUAUAGGUACAUCUAAUUAAGCUACAUUAAAUUAUGAAGAAAUUAAAAUCCCUGCCAUGACUUUGGGGAAUUAAUAUAAUUUUUCUUAGAACUUCAUGUGCAUAAUAACCUUUUCAAGGGACGUGUACAUAAGAGGCAGGAUUCUUUCCUUCGUCUGAACGUUGGUAAUAACACAGAUUUAUGGUAAUGCACUACCAUGCAGACAUGUAAGGUGUGAAUUUUUUAAUAAGAAGCAAGUUAGCACACUGCUACCAUCUGCAUAAAUUGAGAGAUUGGUGUUAAUGUAGGAGCUGGAGCUGCUUGCAUGUAAUUCUAAACGAGAGCUCUGCUUGCACUGCCAAGCCGGCGAAGGUGUGUGCAGAUCAGAGAGAUCAUGCAGAUGUUGGUAUUGGUAUAUGCAGAUCUGUAUGCCUUGUACUUUAACUUUAUUAUAGAUCUCUUUAUUCUGCCUUGGAUUGUGUAGAAAAUGCACUCUUAUAUAGAAGUCAACCAAAGGCACAAGCGUGAGGCCAUGCUGUAGCCCCUGGUGUGUUUGUAAGAGGGUUUUGUAUGUUGUGUUAUGUUGUGCUACGUGCCUGUGUGUAUGAGGUCUCUUGUCAUGGCCAGGUGUGCGAUGAGAGUCUGUCUCUCCAGAGCACACCAUCUAUACAGUGUGUGGAAAUCCUGGAGAGACCCACUCCUGCAGGAUUCACAGGAACGUCUAGAUCAGGAGUAGGCAGAUGUGCUCAAGUGGAUUAGGAACCAAGUCUUCUUCACAACCUGCUGUUUACUUAUGUAACUUAUUUUUGUGUGUGGGGGGCUCCAAACAGUAAGCUGGUUGUACAUAAAUCCUGGAAUGAAUUUUGAAGGGCUUUUAUUUAACUCCCCAUAUCAUAUCCUGGAGCAAAUGGUACUGUCGUUUUAGUUUGUGAAUGUUGAACCAAAUUAUUAAACAGAUUGCCACCUUAUUGGCUCAGAUUCAAUAAAAAGAACGGGUCCUGUGGCUUCUCAGCUCCAGGACUGGCCAGUCUGGUUACAAAGAGUGGAUGAGAGGAAGGUGUGACUGUUGGCCUGACAGUCACCCCUGCACUUCCUAAACAUCUGCCCACAGGCCAAAUGUCCCUCCGUUCUCCGAACACUACCAGUACAGCAUUCAGACUGUCUUUGUGGAGCUUUAAUUUUAUCCUUCUUGUAUAUAUUUGUUUUUAAUCCUGUUGUUCCCAUUUUUAUUAAAUUUAGUUUUAAUGGUUUAAUGACGGCGAGAUAUGCCUGUAUACUCCUCUUGAGCAUAAAUUGGAAAACUUUUGAGCUGUGUUAUAUGUGGUGUGAUGUUUGCUGUCUUCUACAGGAGAACUGAAGAAAGCAGCACAGUCUGGUUUUGCACUUUGGGUUUCCUUGAGAAAAUGCACAUAAUUGUACCUUAUGAGUCAGUGCUUAUGGGGCAGAAGUGUUUGGGUAUUGAGCAAAAAAAUGAAAGACUGAAGAUGGUUUUCUAUUGCACAUUGGCUACAUACCCCUCUCUGUAUUGCAGACUAAUGUACAGCAGUGAUUGAGCAGGUUGAGUCGGACUGACUAACACAACACAGGCAAUACUUUAGCCUCCAGGAGCGACAGUGGCAAAGUUUCUGAAUGUCCUUAAGCUUACUAACCUGACACCAGUCUGUGUCGCUCCGCAGAAUAAUUUCAUGGUUUAGAAGUGACUGCGCUCAAACGUCAGCAGAACCGUGGAGAGCGUGUCUCUGUGGCCACAGGCACGGGGGUUGUGACGGAGUAGGAGGCUUCAGAUGAGAAGAGGCCAUCUGGCCUGUUUACCUUGUUAGGUUAAGCACUCAUCUUCCCACCCAAACACCGAUGCCUGCCCUCUCAUUGUGUGCUCUGUAUUUAUAUGGUGACCUGUACCUGUUGGCUUUUUAAACUUUAUUUUAAAUAAAAUUCUCAAGUACAAAACGCA